AUGAACGACUCCGUGAGUGUAUUCGGGGGCAGAGUUCCUGCUGAGGUGGAGCUGCUCUGUAAACACCUGAGGAAUCUCCACAGAGACACUUUCACACAGAUACUCGGAGCGGUGGUGAAGGCCAUGCAGGGCCAGGACUGCUGUGAGUGUGUGCAGAGGAUCUCCGAGAGCGGACUCAUCUCAGAGGAGAGCCUGAACCGCGUGAUGGCAGGACUAUACGCUCUUCUGAAGGAGGCUCUACGUAUGCCUACGCUCAGACAGGAGGUUUUCAUUGAGGAUCUCAGAGCUCUUCGGAUUUCUGAAGAGUUCCUCUCAGACGUGUCCAGUGUGGUCUUCGGGAACAGGCUAACCUCAGCGAGUGUUCGACCGCAGGAGCCGCGUCUGGCCAAGCUGGAGGAGUUCAAGUGGAGAGUUGAUGUUGCCAUUUCAACCAGUUCUCUGGCUCGAGCUCUUCAGCCCUCGAUCCUCAUGCAGAUCAAGCUCUCCGAUGGACACGUGCAUCGCUUCCAGGUUCCAGUGGUCAAGUUCCAGGAACUACGGUACAACGUUUCUCUAAUUUUAAAGGAGAUGAAUGAUAUAGAGAAGAGAAGUAUUCUGAAAAUACAAGACUGAUCGAUCAUUUGGAUCAAUAAUUAAACUAUUGCAAGACACGAUAUCAGGUGUUUUGUUGAACGUGUGUUAAAGAUGACACUG